CGCUCCCGCUCCCGCUCCGGCAGGCGGUGGCCGGAGCGCGGCGCACGCAGGCGGCGGCGGCGGCGGCGGAGCAGGCGGAGCCUCCCCUUAUGGCUCCCCCCGCCGACGGGCAGGCGGGCGGCGGCGGCGGGCGGGCACCGCCGGGCAGGAGGCGCCCCGCCGGGAGGCUCUGAAGCCGCCGCGUCGCGGCCGGGCCGGGCGUGAUCCUGCGCCGGGAGGAUGCGGCCAGCCCCCGGGCUCCGCCUGCCCGGGCUCCCGGCGCAGCAGCUGCGGAUGUCUGGGCUGCUUCGCCCGUCGGAAUAGCUCGGCGCGGGGGGGCUGCGCCCGGCUCGUGCCCCGGGGCUGGGCUGGGAGGCGGCGGCCGCCUGGACCUCGCCCGCGGGCUGCGGACUGGCCCCUGCGCCCUCCCCGCAGAUGCCGGGGCGUCGGAUCCGGAUCCGGGGAGGUGGCGGGGGGGAGGCCCCCGGAGCCCUUUGCCUCCCCUCCUCGGAGGAGCAGCGAGGACCAGGGCAGGGAGCCCAUCGCCGCCUUCGCCGGCUCUCGCCCGAGAUGCUGCCAGGGGCUGAGCCCCCCGCCCUGCUCCUCGGCUGCCCAAGGAGAUGCCCGCUGGCCCCUCUGGGCACCGCCAAGGCCAAGGGACAGCGGCCCUGAGCCCCCAGCCCCGAUAGCGCAGAGAGGAGCAGGGGCCAGACCCGCCCGGACUGGAGGAGACGGGGGCACCAGAGGCUGCUGUGGACCUGCUGCCCUCCAGGAAACCAUCGUGGGGGUUUAGGUGCAUUCUUCAUACCCCCUCACUUCCCACUGCAGGCAUCCCCGGAGCAGGCCUGGGUGCAUCUGCUUCCUUGGAUGCACCUGGGUAGAGCUCCCCCGCGUCCCACAGAAGAGGUGGCUGCUGCUGACGCCAGGAUCCAAGCCACCCCAUCGGGGGCAGCCCCCCAGGCAGGAGCAGGGCAGGUGAAGCCUGAGGGUCACAGGGCAGAGAGUGGGGGGGUAACCCAGGACUAGGAUCCCCAGGCACCAAUCCCCCUUGAGCCAUGCUGUUGCCACGUCUGAGCCACCUCCCCCUCACUCCCUAGCCCGAGGCCUCCCAUUGCUGGCAGCCAGGACAGGGACCCCUCCUUUACCGUUCCCCCCCCCCACCCCUACCCGGCAGCCCCCAGAGGUGCGUAUCGUAGUGCAAAGCAGCAGCCCAGCCAGCGGUCUCCAACAAGCCCUAUCCUUGGAUUCCCCCUGGAGCAUUACCUGGCUUGGUGGCGGGGGGAGGCGAGAGUGUGGCUGGGGCUCCCUGGCGGUGGGGGACGUUAAGAUGGUGAAAGCUCCCCGGCCGAGAGCGGCUCCGCGGACUCCAGGCCACCAGGCUGGGGGGCAGCAGCAUGGACAGCGCCGCCUCGCCCGGGCACCCCAGCAGCUGGUGAAGGAUGAACGCGCGGGGCUCGCAGGACACGCAGCCCAGUGACAACCCCAGCAGCGGCAGCAGCAGCCGGAGCCACAGCGAGAGGGAGCGGAUCCGGAGCCGUAUGAAAAUGGUGAUCGGGCAGCUGGAAGGGAUCCUGCAGGAGCUCAAGGAGGUGGCCAAGGAGCUCCGCGAGGUGGUGAGCCAGAUCGACAAGCUGACCUCUGAUUUUGAGUUUGAGCUUGAACCGGAUGACUGGACCACCGCGACCGUGAGCAGCACAUCCAGCAGCGAGAAAGGGGGCGGCACGUUCGACCUCGGGCAGCUGGAUUUCAUGACCUCGGACAUCCUCUCUGACAGCUGGGAGUUCUGCUCCUUUGUGGAGGUGUCCACCCCCUCGGACUCUGGGGACGGCUCGGAGCAGCAGCAGCAGCAGGGCCGUCAACCUGACUACAGACUCAUGAACGGUGGGGUGCUGAUCCCCAACGGACCCCGGGUAGAGACACCCGACUCCUCUAGCGAGGAGGCCUUCAGCUCUGUCCCCAACCACAAAACCCACUCCCAGAGGACACCAGGCACAAGGGAGCGCGUCCGCUUCAGUGACAAGGUGCUCUACCACGCCUUGUGCUGUGACGACGAUGAGGACGGUGGCAGUGAGGAAGGCAACAGCGGGCCACCGCCCUCCGAGGACGUUCAGGAGGAGCCCAGCGAGGCAGGACACAAGCCACCAGCAGGACCUGCCUCCAAGGUGCCCCCGUCAUCCCUCCGGCACCCCCCUCACCUCAGCGCCGCGCAGCAACGCAAGUUGACGCGGAACAGCAGCACUCAGACAGUGUCGGACAAGAGCACCCAGACGGUGCUGCCGUACGUGUCGGCCAAGCAGAAAAUCAAAGGCAAAAACUGAGGAGAGGGCACAAUCAGAGUGAUGGGACCAACUGGAGCAGGGAAACGAGGGGAUGGGGUGGGAGGGACAGAAAUAUAUAUAUAUUUAAAUAAAUCAAUACUGAUAAUAAAAUCAACAUGAAAAGGUGGAAACUAAUAAUAAUGUCCAACUACCUAACCAUCAUUUUUUGAGGCUCAGGGAAUUUUAAACUGUUUUGCUAAACAAAAGAUUCAGCUAAAUAAACCGUACAGAAUGACAAAAAUAAUAUAAUACACACACGCGCGUGUGUGUAGAACGAGAGACCCCCCCCCCGUGGAGAAGGCAGGAGGGGAACAGAGCUGGCCAUGCAGCUGAUCUCAUUUAUGAGGCUUUUGGGUGGAUCCCACAAUCAAAAUGUGGUACCUCCUUCAAGUAAGGGUUGCAGACAAACUGAGUCAAGCAGGGCUGAGAAAACUAGUUGUGGGGUGGAGGGAGCGUCCAAGUGAGGUAUUAAGACUGAAGGAUCACCACAUAACAGAAAGCCAAAUCCACUCCCUUUGCUACUGGGUUGCAUCUCAGCAUACCAGAGUUUGAGCCAGGUUAUGAAAUUCAGAUCCACCUCUGUUGCUUGAUGAAACCUCCCCUCUCCUAAUUCUGAAAGAAAUCAUCCAGUUAGAAACUUGCUUAUUCAUAAGACUGCAAUAUUUUGUUACGUUACAUUUUUACGAACAAAUCAGUUUCAGAAUGGCUGGACCCCAGACCAAGUCAGUUUUCGUAGCCUGUCAAAAUGUUUUUUGUCUUCCAACCCAGGUCAAUGAGCAAUUUCUGUUCGUUCAAUAAAUGGUUUUCAUGCCA